AAAAAAAGAGUAGAAAACAUGUUCUUUUGUUGUUACUUUUGGUAAGUACUUUUGGUUGAGAUGGAAUUAUUCUCGUGAUCAUUCCCAAACACGCCCUAGGAUUUCACGACCACUUUUCUUCCUCUCCUAACUGUAAUCUCAGAUUCUCCAAAAACUCCUCUCACUUUAACCAACCACCUUGAAAAUAUCGACACUCUCUCUUCCCCAAUUCCAAUUCCUCACCGGAUUUACCGUCUACCAUUUCACCCUCUUCCCUGAAUUUUCCUUAUCGCACCUCGAAGCAUUCCAAUUUUCGAAACGGAAAAAGGUGGAAUCUUUAUUCAGUUUGGAAAUGGGGGUUGAUUACUACAACAUACUGAAAGUGUCUAGGACCGCGACGGAGGAAGAUUUGAAGAAAUCGUACAAGAGAUUGGCGAUGAAAUGGCACCCUGACAAGAACGCGGUCAACACUAAAGAGGCGGAGGCCAAAUUCAAGCAGAUUAGUGAGGCCUACGAUGUUCUGAGCGAUUCGCAGAAGCGGCAGAUCUACGAUUUGUACGGCGAAGAGGGGCUGAAAUCGGGUCUCUACCCGCCGCCGAGCUCCAAGGACAGGGAUUCCGGCUACGGCGGCGGAGGGGCGGGGUUUAAGUUCAGCCCCAGAGAUGCAGAGGAUAUUUUUGAGGAGUUUUUUGGUGGGAUGGAUGGAGGGAGGAGCGGCGCCGGAGGAGGAGGUGGGGAAUUGAAGAAGGCGGCGGUGAUGGAGAGUAAGCUGGCGUGUAGCCUGGAGGAUCUGUAUAAGGGGUCGAAGAGGAAGAUGAAGAUAUCAAGAAUUGUUCUUGAUGGGUCAGGCAAGCCAGCCACGGUUGAAGAGGUUUUAUCAAUACACAUCAAGCCCGGUUGGAAGAAGGGAACCAAGAUUACCUUUCCUGAGAAAGGGAACCAUGAAGCUGGGGCUGCCCCGGGAGACCUAAUCUUCAUUGUCGACGAGAAGCCCCACCAGGUCUUCAAGAGGGAUGGCAAUGAUCUAAUAAUCAACCAAAAGAUCUCUCUGCUCGAUGCUCUCACAGGAAAGACUCUGAAAAUAUCAACCUUAGACGGACGAGACCUCACUGUCACAGUGUCGGAUAUCGUAAAACCUGGCUAUGAAAUGAUGAUCCAGAAUGAGGGCAUGCCUAUAUCGAAAGAACCAGGCAAACGCGGAGAUCUACGGAUCAAGUUUGACAUCAAGUUUCCCUCGAGACUCACGUCUGAUCAGAAAUCGGACCUCAGGAGGGUUUUGGGCAGGACAUCCGGUUAAUUCUGGGGUCAGUCGGAAUGCUUAUUAAUUACCCGUCUUAACUCUAUUGUAUAUUCUUGAACCAAUCGAUUUUCGGAACAGAAAAAAAAAGUUCCUGUGCAUAGUAGGCAAAACAGAUUGAGAUUGGUUUCCUUUUCGUGCUUAGCGAAUAUCUUCUAGCUCAGACUUAGCUGCUAAACAGAAAUCUUCCCUUGAAAUUGAUGUGGAAAUCUGUAAAAUGCAAUAUUUCUUUGUAAUUUUGUUUCAAGUUAUAUAUCUUGAUUUCUUGGUUGUUUUGUUUC